UUUCACGGUUUGUUUUUUUUUGGCCUCUGCGACCUUGGAGUCCACAUACUGGCUGUUUGGUUUUUUUCGGUUCACUGAAGCGAUACAGAGUUUAUGCAACGCUAGUUUCGGAUACACCUUGAUAUUUCCUGUUGAUGAUUCGUGCCAUACUUAUUAUUAAUAACCAUGGAAAACCAAGAUUAAUAAAGUUUUAUGAGCACUAUAGUGAAGAUGAACAACAGAAAAUUGUCAAAGAAGUUUUUCAUUUGGUCUCUAGAAGAGAUGAUGAUGUUUGUAAUUUUUUAGAAGGUGGCACACUAGUCGGUGGACAAGAUUAUAGAUUAAUUUAUCGUCAUUACGCAACAUUGUAUUUUGUAUUUUGUGUUGAUUCAUCUGAAAGUGAACUUGGCAUAUUGGAUUUAAUUCAAGUAUUUGUUGAAGCAUUAGAUAAAUGUUUUGAGAAUGUUUGUGAACUUGAUUUAAUUUUUCAUGUAGAUAAGGUACACUACAUACUAAAUGAACUUGUAUUAGGUGGAAUGGUAUUAGAAACUCAUAUUAAUGAAAUUACUCAUAGAUAUGAAGAACAACAAAAACUAGAGAAACAAGAGUCUGGAUUAUCCGGAGCGCCAGCUCGGGCUGUUUCAGCAAUGCGUGAUUUAAAUCUUCAUCAGAAAUUCAAGGAGAUACGUUUUCCAGAUUUACAAUCAUUGCAAAACAGACUAUCACGUUGACAUUUUUUUGUAUAUGUGCUUAUUCUUUGUUUCGUUUUAUCUGUUUGUUAUGUAUUACUUAAUUAAUGAUUUCAUAUGUGACUUAAAAAAAUUAUCUAUUUGUCUCUUGUUCAAAAUUCUUUUUUUAUUUCCGAAAUUAUAUUUACUGAUCUCCGU